ACUGCGGCGUUAAAUCAAUUUUACUGAACCAAUGGAGAGAAGAAGAUUCGACGAACUUUCUCACACUGUUGUUAACGGCGGUUCCGGUCUCCGUUCUUCUCCUAACUACACGUGUCACCGUGUCCAGGGAGCAUUGAAGCACUUGGCGUCAAUUGAUCCAUUGGAAUUAUGUGAUGAAGCCAAAGUAGAGCACUGCCGGGCAACUAGAGAUCUAAGAAGUUGUGGACGACAUGUACAGAGUGUGUUGAAUUCAUGUGGUCAUGCCUCUUUAUGCGAGGAAUGCAGUCAGAGAUGUGAUGUUUGCCCUAUAUGUAGGAUCCCUUUACCAAAAGAUGGCAAUAGACUUAGACUACGCCUAUACUACGAGUGCAUAGAGGCGGGUCUCAUCUCCAAGAGGUGUGAUGACAGAUUACAAGAAAAAGAGGACAGUGAUAAACAACUGGUUGCUGAUAUCCAGCGGCUUUAUGCUUUGUUUGAUGUGGCACUAGAAAACAAUCUGGUUUCUCUAAUAUGCCACUAUGUGACAGAUGUUUGUAUGGAUGAAAGUGCUGUGUCCAGUGAUCCUAUCAUUGCUUUCUUGCUUGAUGAAGUGGUGGUCAAAGAUUGGUGCAAGAGGAUGUUCAACAAUAUUUUGACCGAGAUUCAAGUGAUAUAUACUCUAACCAUGGAUGCACUGAAAGAGAACUUGAGUUUAUUUCUCAAGUUCUCUGUGAAGUUAGGUGGCAUCUCUAACGUUAUUGAUGUCUUGGAGUCAUCAUUCAAGGGUUCUCUUUCUGCAAAACUUCAUGAUUUACACCACCUUCAAGAGAGCAUCUUAAAGACAAAACAGCACAUGGAGAUAAUGAUUUGGUGUAUAAGACAUGAGUUCUUGGAGAACGUGAAGUCUCGUCAUAAAAAUUUUGCAUCAUGGCGAGCUCUGGUCCGUGAAAGGAAAUCUGCUGCAAUUAGACGUGCAUGGCCCGAUUCAGUAAAUCAUUCUGAGGAAUACGACACGCAAUAUCGUUCCACACUCUUUAUUGAAGAUGCUCUUUCGAAUGUUGAAGCAGCAGAGCAGGGAGACGUAGAUGAUCAUGAGGAAGAAUUAGCACUUGCCUAUUUGCAGAAGGAUGGAGGUUCUUUAUAUUCACGGUCAAAAAUAGAGGGAAUGGCUGGAUGCUAUCCAUUUGAAAGUUUGCGAGCUGCAGCUGACAUUCUCUUUUUACGAGGAAGUUCAGACUUGGUGGUUGCAAAACAAGCAAUUUUCUUGUAUUUUAUGUUUGACCGGCAAUGGACAGUACCUGAUGACGAGUGGCGACACAUCAUUGAUGAUUUUGCUGCCACUUUUGGUGUGACCAGGCACUCGCUAUUGGAAUCCUUCACAUUUUUCCUUUUAGAUGAUGAAGGAGUUCCUGCGCUGAAGGAAGCCUGUCAACUUCUCCCAGAAAUAUCAAGCCCAACAAUACACCCAAAAGUUGCUCAGGUUCUGUUGGAGCGGGAAAACCCUGAUGCAGCUCUCAUGGUUCUAAGGUGGUCUGGACAAGAUGGCACACAGCUAAAUUCACUUCGGGAGGCUGUGACUGCUGUUCGUGUGCGGGUAGAGUGUGGACUUUUGACUGAAGCAUUCACAUAUCAAAGGCUGGUCUGUGCUAAGAUCAAGGAAAAAGAGUUGAGGGGUGAACAAUUUCAGGGUGCUUCUGCUGAAGUAGAGGACCAAUGCAGGUCGUGGGGUCUCUGGGUGGAGACUCUUAUCACUGAAAUUUGUUGUCUUUGUAUUAGGAGGAACUUGGUUGACCGCAUGAUAGAACUGCCGUGGAGUGCUGAUGAGGAGAAACAUCUUCAUAAAUGUCUCUUGGAUUUUGCCGCCGAGGAUCCUUCAACGGCCAUAGGGAAUCUUCUUGUAGUUUUCUACUUGCAGCGUCAUAGAUAUGUCGAAGCAUACCAAGUUGAUCAAAAGCUUCGGAGCAUGGAGGAAAACUUCAUUUCUCAAAAUUCUGUCAGCGAAGAUGUCGUAGCGAGGAUAAGAUCAAUAAAUCAUCGGAGGACUUGUUUGGUUGACAAGGGAGUGGAGCUGUUACCAGAUAUCUUACAGCAGCAAGUAAGGACAGGGAAGUUGCCUGAAGUGGUUGUUACUUGUAAUGACAGAGUCAACAUCUCUGAUAGGUCCGAUGCUGAAGCCCAAGAACCUAUCUUGACCAGUUUAUUGGCUAAUCCUCCCACUAAUUCUACUCUCGUUCAGCGAGUUAAUAUUGUUAGACCUUCUGUUCUUGACGCUCCACCUGUACUGGGGGGAUCAUCAAAUCUGUCUAGCUUUAAAGUUGGGCAUUAUAGUUCUCCCAGUUCCCCAGCACAUUUCUUUAAUGAUUCUGAAGGAGUGUUAAAACCUGAAAGCAUCCUUGGUAGAACAUUAAAAUUUGAUGAGAUUUCGACCCCUGCAAGUCGCCAUGUUGAUUCUCCUGCUCCUUUGAUGAAACUCCCCAGGAAUUCGUCAAGGGAAUCUUCUAUUAGCCGACUUCGCAAUUCUCAGACAUAUAGAGUUUCACCCGAGAAGUCUCAGAAUGGGUUUCUAAAUGAAUCUUAUAUUUUUCACCAAACUGCUGGUAACAAUGUCAAUUCUCUUAGUAGCAACAGAGGCAUAUUAAAAGAUUCAGUUGAAGAUUCAUACAUGAGUUAUCCCGGUAAACGUCAACUGUCAGAUGCUGCUGAUAGACCCCGGAUGUUACCUUUAAAUGAUUCAAUGGAUAUAACCUGGAGCCUUGAAGAAAAGGGUCCUUCCCCCGUGCAUCUAGAAACUAAUGGUGGACCAAGGUGGAGGUCUGAUGACACCAGUGAAGACGAGGAUCAUCCCUCACCACGCGCUUUGAGAGGAGUCAGAAGAAGCAGGAGGAUUGCCGCCAGGAGAUGAUACACGUUGCUGUUGUAUAAUCUGAGAAUGUGACAACACAUGAUUUUGCUGGAUGUGGUGUUUUGUUAAACAGACCAGAGUUGGGAGGCAUUGAAGUUCUUGAUAAAAUUUGCUGUUCAAAUUUCUCCUCUUGGCACUAGUAAACUCGGGAUUGAAACUCAUAGUUGAAGCUCGGGGCCUCAGUGUUUCCUCUUUUGACCCUUGCACUGGUUUUCUCUUGGAUGCAACGCAUACUUCCAACGAACUGCCGAUGUCUGGGUUAACAAUUUUGUAUGUGAGAAGAGCGACUUAAGGCUUGGUUGUAAAAUAUUUAUUGUUUCCUUUUGAAGUUGUGCCCAUAUUGCAGAAACUUUUCUUUGAAAAGCAUGUAGAUAGAUGCAUAAACUGACCUUGAUAUUAUGUAAUAUUAGGUUCACCUUCGGCUUUU